UUUGGAAUACCAUAUAUUUCAUCCCGUGAAGCAUAUAUCAAAUACCACCGAGUUUACCUUACCCUGCGUCACCCUUGGCCUAUUCCUUCUGUGCUGAGACCAUUCGCAACUGACCUGUGCUAAAAUCCUUAGACCUCUCAACGGCCUCGCGAUGUCGGUGGAAGCUUUUCGAGCCGGCGUGGCCAUGCCAACCAGCUUUCCAUAUCCGAUCCGACCCAUCACAUAACCGAGACCAUCGGGACCAUGUACGGCGAUGACGACGACUACCCGAAUAAUGAUUUACGCCCUAUGAGCUUUAUCGCAGCUCCCGGCGGUGGCGAGCAGAUAACUCAACGUCGCGAGCUAAAUCCUCCUUCUCCAGAAGAGCGUCGACUUCCACUUAUCCGGACCGCUUCGGAUAAGACUGGCUUGCAAACCUCAUCUGGUCCUACGACGAAUGGGAACUCCGUACAGAAAUCGCAAACCCUCCCCGGUCGAGUGCCAAGUCAGAGAAGUACAACGUCGAGAAGCAGCUCAUACGAGUCAGGCCCGAAAUCACCCAUCACUCCCAUGUCGCCUACGCUUCGCGACAUGCGUGAAGAUGCCCAGCAAUAUCCGAUAACCAAUAUUGAUAAUCCGAACGAUAUUGCCCAAGAGCUAAGCAACUUGCAAGCGUUACGGCGCAUGUCGAUGGAUGUCUCUAAUAAUAGCGACCCCGACCUACUUCCCUUCCAGGGAAUGUCUCUAAUGGCAAUGCCGUCGAUAGCACCGAAAGGAGACGACGAAGCAGAUCCUUCGAGACUUUUAUGGGUUCCCGCCAAUGUCCAUCCAGAGCUAGCUCCGACUGAGUUCAAGAACUUCGUUGAGAAGAGGGUACAAACCAUGAAACGGAGGUCUGCUGAUUCAUCGCUCUCUGUAGAUGGUUUAGACAGGAGCAAUUCAGGCGGGUUACGGAGGAAGAAGUCCAUGCUCUCCAGGCAAAUUGACAAUGCGGGGGGUCACGGCGCGGAAAGUUAUAUGGAUGGUGCUGAUAGGCUAGAGAGGAAUAAGUCUCAAAGACAGUCAGGGCAAGGCCCGCCAGAGCUCAGCCUCGACGAUUUGGUAAACGACCCGUCAAAAGUUGUUCAAAAGCUCACUCUUGACUCGCAACGCCAAGAUGGAGGGGGUGAAGUACCAAAUGUGGACGAUAUGCCCAUACUUCCCGUUGCGCCAGGCAUGGGCUUGCGUCGAUCAACCCGUACCACGUAUCGAAAAGGUGGCAGUCUCAAGAAUCGGCAGAGUGGUUCGCUCAGGUCCGACGACCGACUUCCUUUCUCGAAGCGCAUAGCAGCAAAGAAAGCCGAAGAAGACUCUAGCGCAAUGCCUGAUAGUGAAUCGACUAUUGAGGCACCACCAGGGCACGGUUUAACACGUGUGCAAUCAGAACCCAUCUCAGAUAGCUUUUCGCGACCGUCAAAGCCUAUCCGGCGCCAGCAAACCUUUUCCAAAGAUACAACGCCAGACUUAUAUGAAGACUCCGAGCAGCCGGAUUUUCAGGAGUCAAGUCAAGCUAUUUCCGCUAGGCCGGAGGGCCCAACCCGUACAUCCUCUGCUGAUGCUAUCGGGACUUUGGGCUCGACACCACAAAUUCUCGAACAGCCCAUGGCAGAGGAGGAUAAUUCUGGAGCGCAAGCUAUAGAAAUCAAUCGACCCUUCCCGGAACGAUCGUCCUCCCAAAGAAAUGCUGUCCAGCCCUUAUCUCAACCUCCAGCGGCACCCGCUGAGCCUCCAGCGCGUUCAAGUAAAAGACCGAACUAUGGUCAACCGCUCCAAAGCUCUUCUCAACCGCAAGCUACAGGUCAGACUACACAGCAAACUAGGACUCCGAGUGGCUCUAACCGACCUCUUAACGACAUGUCGCAAAGUCCUUCGCCUUUCCCGGGUAGCAGCGCCACUAGCACCGAGUCUCUGACUUUUAUUCCCACAUUCAACACACCCGAGGAGAAGAAACCAGAAAAGAAGGGUAAAAAGGACAAGGGCGAAAGCGAAAGCGAAAAGUCCAAGUCUACAUCCUGGAAGUGGUUCAAGAGUGACGACAAGGAGAAGAAAAAGAAGGACGAUGAGAACAGGAAGUCCAAGACUAAAGGACUUGUGGAGAAGGCCCACGACAACGUUCGUCUCGACGUCCUACAGACCUCGAUCGAUACAGCUAUCCACAAGGGACGAGAGAGCCUACUACUCGACCGUGAAAGCGUCGACGGCAGGCUGGAAGAGGAGAGGAAGAAAGAUAGUCGAAAGUCUACUGAUCAAAAGAAAGAAAAGGAUGGGCUGUUUGCCUCGUUCUUUGGAAGUAGUAAGAGAAGAAGCGAAAGGGAUUCGACCAGUAGGAAACAUCAAGCUCAAAGAUCGUUAUCACCAGAACCUGCCCCAUACCGACCCCUGCGGCCCGAUGUCGACUAUCACUGGACUAGGUUCCCUCUCUUGGAGGAACGAGCUAUCUAUCGAAUGGCGCAUAUUAAGCUCGCCAAUCCUCGCCGUGCCCUUUAUAGCCAAGUCCUGCUUAGUAAUUUCAUGUAUUCAUACCUAGCAAAGGUCCAAGCGAUGCAUCCUCAAAUACAAGUUCCCCAGUCCCCUCAGCAGAAGAGAUUACAGGAGGAGGAAAGACGGCGGCGCGAGCAAGAGCAGCAGUACUUGGAGCAGCAACAAGCGCAGGAGAGCAUGGAUCAGUACAAUUUUGAAUACCAUCGAUCAUCGAAUCAACAGCAAUACGGUGAUCCUAGUAUGCAGCACGAAGCAGGAGAUUACCCAGAAGCAGCUGAGAUCUACGACUAUGAGCACAACAGCAAAGACCAAACGAGUCGCGGCAAUCAGGAUGACUACAAUAGUCAGGACGGGGAUAAAGAUUAUUACUCUACUUAUGUACAAUACCAUCACAACGAAGACGGCCGCCAGCAGCAGCAGCAACAGCAGCAGCAACAGUCAGGAGAGGAAGAAAUGUGGUGAUAACCCUACGCAUCAGACGGAGAUCAACAAGCACACCGACGUAGUGACCAUAUCAGUGCAUUGCCUCGGAGUUUCGGCCACAGGAAGUAUUUGCUACGGGUUUCGUGCAGGGCAGCCCAUCAGGAGCCCGACGAAAGACACCAACACAUCCUUCCUCCUUUCCUAUC